AUGCAGAAUCCUUACCGCCACCCCCUCAGCAAUCCCCCACCCAACGGCAAAGGCGGGAGUCCGAUGGCAGGUGUGGUGCGCUGGGCGGGACGGGGAACUAGAACGGGAGGGGUUAUAGGGUCCACUGAUGGUGGCAAGGGGCCGGAUGGGGUGCAAGGUGCGGGUCGCGAGCGAUCUGGCGCGUGGAGCAGUGUGGAAGCAGCUUCUCCCGCCACUCUCAUCACCCCCGCCACUCCCACCACUCCCUUUACACCAGUUGCGAAGUCGACGGGAGGGCGGGCGGGGAGGAGGCGUGACUGGUGGAUGCUGGCGCUGGCGGCCUCCACUCCUUUCCCCCUCUCCUCUUCGCCCCCACUGCGACCGUCGCUGUUUCCGCGCCAGGGAGCCGCGACGAGGCAGCGUGACGGCGGCAGGUCCAUUGGCGGGCUCGCUCGCGGGCCUUUUGGCGGGUUCGUCGGUGGGCGUGUUGACUCGAGCGCUGGCGGGUCCACCAGUGGGUCCGUCGGUGGGCUUGCUGGCGCUCUUGUUGGCGGGCCCGACGGCGGGUCCAUCGGCGGGUUUCCUGGCAGGGCCGUCGGCGGGCUUGCUGGCGCUCUCGUUGGCGAAACCAACGGCGGGUCCCUCGGCGGGUUUGCUGGCGGGUCCGCCGGCGUGCUUGCUGGCAGGUCCGUUCCUGGUGUUUCUGGUGCGUUCAUGGCGUGCGCGGUGGCGUGCGUUGCUGGUAAUGCGCGGGCGACGGGCCUAAAAUGGGAAAGCGCUCAUGAGGUGCACUAA